UCCCAUCGCAAUCUCCCUCCCUUCGUUGUGUGUGACGCCGCCGCCGCACCGCAUUUCACACUGCCUCUAUCACCUGUUUAUUCCCAGCGCAACACCGCACAAACACACACAUCCCUCCGGCCUUUUUUGAGCACCGGGCGACACCGAUACCGACACGGAUCAAAUCACUAUACUUUUUCCCGGGAAACUUUGCGCAAGGCCCGCCGCCGCCGCGCCGAGUUGUUGCUCAUCCACUCCGUCUGUCCUCCGCUUCGUCAAAUCUUGGCCUUUAUUCCCGGCGGAAACGGAGGCACCGCAUUGGAAAGCUCUCAACCAACCCGGCCGGUUGCGACGUCCGGGCAAUCUAAUUGUUCGAAUCGGUCACAGUGUCUGAUUAUCCCGUAAAGUCUCUUACGACGCUCCGCCCGGACAGUCAACCGCCGGCUCAAUUGCGAUUCUUUCGGUGAAGCAUCGCCUUGGGCGUGCCGCAAGCGGGAACAAGCAGCAGGAAUUGAAUCGACUGCCUUUUCACUCAUCUUCGCGGCGCCAUUAACAAUCGGCAUCAAAUCGGUCUUGGCACCGGCCGCUCAUCUAACAACGUAAUUCAAUCGUUAAUCAACACCUUCAACUCAUUCAAUUGAGGCGUCGCGCAACGUUCCAACCGCCCACAAUGGCGCCCAAAAACCAUCUCCCGCAUCCCCAACCGCAACCCUUCACGCCGAGCUCGGCCUCAACAGCCUACGCAUCGCCAGUGCCGGAAAACGGGCGUCUACCAUCACUCACACAUCCACAAAAUGGAGGAGCAGCUGCUGCCGCACUCUCGCCGACGACAUCAGCGGCGUCGGGACCGUCGUACUCGACGCCCGUCGCGCGGCAGCAAACGGCGACACCAAAGAGCUACGGCAACGGCAACGGCAACGGAACCCAUCACCAACACCCGGAUGAGAGCGUCGACGGCAACUCGGCUAGCCCCGAUGACGGCGGCGACAAGGGCCCUGCGAGGAAGAAGCAGAAGCGGAAUAAGCCUACCUUGUCGUGCUUUGAGUGCGUUGAGCGCAAGACAAAGUGUGACCGAGGUCGACCCAACUGCCUAGCAUGUAUCAAACGCCAGACGGAAUGCCAAUAUGCGGCUGUAGCGACGAUACUCGAAGAAACAACAAGAUCCCUCGCCAACGGCCGCCGCAUGACGAAACCCCCGAAACCAAAAGGCCCAGGCGACAUCUCCACCAUCCCAAACGUAGCAGACAGAGGCCUCAUCGAAGGCCGCGGCUUCACCUCCCGCGGCUCCGUCGGCUCCGUCGCCUUCUCCUCCUCCACGGGCCUCCUCUCCAACGUCCCCUACUCCCUCCCCACGGCCAGCAACGUCUUCGGCAUCGGCUCCGAGCACCCCUUUGCCAACUACUGGACCUGCGAGGGCGGCCUGCCCGAGGUCAUCUCCGUCCUGCCCGAGAAGGUCCAGGCCGACAUCUUGCUGGCGCAGUACUUUGAGUGCGUCGACCCGGUCUACCCCAUGAUCCACCGGCAGACCUUUUACGCCGACUACGAGCACUUUUGGAGCCUCAGCGCCGAGGAGAAGAACCGCGUCGACGCGGCGUUUGUGGGGCUCAUUUUUGUGAUGCUCGCGCUGGGCACGCAGUUUGUGACGUCGAGUUCGCCAAACGAUGCGAAGCAGACGGCGGAGUUUUAUGCGUCGGCGAGUAAUCAGGCGCUGCGCAUGUUUUCGUACCUGAGUGCUGCUUCGUUGCGCUCCAUUCAGUCCAUGGUGUUGUUGACGUACUUCCUGAUCAACGACAACCACGCCUCGGACGGGUGGGCGUUCGCCGGCAUACUCAUCCGCCAAGCCUACGCAAUGGGUCUACAUCGUGACCCCAAUAUCGUAACUCCCGACGCCCCCAUCUUCGAAAAGCAACAGCGCCGCAAACUCUGGCAAGCCGUCCUCCUCCAAGACACCUUCCUCACCGUCCUCCUCUCUCUCCCCCCCUCCGCGACCCACACCGACGUCUCCGUCGAAGACCUCGUCGACGACGGCUCCGCCAUCGCCUCCUCGGACCCGACAGACAUCGCCUACAUCCGCGGCUCCUGGACCCUCGCCAACCUCGUCCAGGAGACGAUCUGCUCCCCGCGCUCCUUGGAUCUGCCCAUCUGCGCCACCGUCCGCCACAAGUCCAAACUCAUCGCCGACUUCCGCUGCGUCUACCGCUCCUUCCCGGACGUCUUCCGGUCCUGGGACGCCGAGAGCCUCGCGAGCCUCGCGCGGACGAAUAAGCGCGUCGUGAGGCAGACGCUGUUCCUGACGAGCAAUUAUCACCACAACAUCAUGCUCGUGUACGCGUCCGAGAGCGCAGAGUGUCCUUCGAAUACGAGGGGCACGCUGGAGGCGGCGCACGAGGCGAUUACGUCGUUUUUCCUGUUGUUUGACAUUUUUGAGCUCGAGGCGAGGGUGUGGUGGGUUUUCAACCACCGCGCGUUCCUCGAGGCGCUGUGUAUCGGGAGCGUGCUGCGGGAGAUGGGUAAGGACCCUGUUGCGGCGGAGGAGGCGGAUCGGGAUCCGUUGUUCCAGAGGGCUAGGAGUGACAUUGCAAAAAUGAUCAAGAUCAUGGUGUUGAUGGGCGAAGGCGAGCAAGGGUCGGAUGUCGCGCGGGCCCGUGUGCAAGUGUUGAAGGACCUCCUGCCACCCUUGUAAGACGUCGGUGCCGGUAUGAUUGCUUGUUCAUGCUCUCUAGGUUACGGCGGGGUCUGUUCUACGGUUUUGCCUGUCAAUCUAGGGGGCAGAACCGCAGAGUUGCGAUUGUUUCGCAGAUCUCUUGUUUCCCUGGUGGGGAGGAAACAGAGAGUCCGAGAGCCAUGUUACACACAUGCAACUCUCAUUGCGUAGUAGUUGACGCGUGGACGGGUGGGAGUGUUGACUACACUAUUUGUUUCUUGGGUGGUCAGUGGUGCGAAGCUUGAGCCGCGAGGAGUUGCGUGGUCUUUUGUCCAUGCUUGUUUUGUUCUGUUUGUUGGUUCGUCUCGUACAUCUCCCUUGCCGACCCUGCAUGCGUAUCCGUAGGUUAAACCGUUUGGCAGUCUACGGCGGGGCGAGAAGAUGGGACAACGGAGGAAAGGGGGCGUAUCCGGCAUAUUCACUUAUCUUUCACUGUCUUGAC